CGCUUUACUUCGUUAACUAUGGUAUUGUAAUACCCAGCUCUUGUAUUUCUCUACCAUCAUAAAUCUCUAAGUUUAUCAAAUCUUCGAACUAAUAAAAUCUUCUCUGAAUUUUUCACAUUUUGUACAAAAUUACAGAUAUCCCGUAUCCCGUAUUCGCCUUCCACCUUCCUACAUGUCCUACGUAUACUCCCUGUACUUCUCCAACUAUAACGGUCUCUGCAAUCCUGUUGGAAGUCGCUUAUACCCAAUGUCGUAUGGUAGUACCCUACUCUCCCGUGCUCCUUAUUUCACCACUACACCCUACACCACCGCAGCCGGCCACCGCAGCCUGCCACCACGUCACCACACCCAGUAUCCCAGCAGAGGAUUCCACUGCCUGUUGCGAGCUAG